AUGUCCGCUCGUCCAUUCGUUCAAGUAUACAACGGUGAGAAUGCCGUCUCUGGUAAGGUCAAGCUUCCAGCUGUUUUGACUACCCCAAUCAGACCAGACCUCGUCAACUUUGUACAUACCAACGUCAACAAGAAUCACAGACAAGCUUACGCUCCAUCAUCACACGCUGGUGAACAAACCUCUGCCGAGUCAUGGGGUACUGGUCGUGCUGUUGCUCGUAUUCCACGUGUUGCCGGUUCCGGUACUCACCGUUCAGGUCAAGGUGCCUUCGGUAAUAUGUGUAGAGGUGGUCGUAUGUACGGUCCAAACAAGGUCUGGAGAAAGUGGAACCGUAAGGUCAACGUCAACCACAAGAGAUACGCCGUCGCUUCCGCUUUGGCUGCCUCUGCCAUCCCAGCUUUGGUCAUGGCCCGUGGUCACCAAAUCUCACAAAUCGCCGAAGUCCCAUUGGUCGUUGCCAACUCUGUCAUCGACUCAUUGACCAAGACCAACGCCGCCGUUGCCUUGUUGAAGAAGUUGAACGCCUUUGCCGACGUCCAACGUUGUGACGACUCAAAGCACUUGAGAGCUGGUGCUGGUAAAUCAAGAAACAGACGUUACACCAUCCGUCGUGGUCCAUUAAUUGUCUGCUCCGGAAAAUCACAAUUGAGCCAUGCCUUCAGAAACUUGCCAGGUGUCGAUGUUGCCAACGUUUCCCGUUUGAAUUUGUUGAAGCUCGCACCAGGUGGUCACUUGGGUCGUUUCGUCAUCUGGACCCAAUCUGCCUUCGAGCAAUUGGACUCCAUCUUCGGUACCUACUCCAAGAAGUCCGCCAACAAGUCUGGUUUCCGUCUCCCACGUCCAGUCUUGCAAAACGCUGAUGUCCAACGUUUGAUCGGUUCCGAUGAAGUCCAAACCGCCAUCAAGGAAUCCCAACACUCUGUUACCGCCCCACGUGGUACCAUCGUUCGUAGAAACCCAUUGAAGAACUUGAAGGCUAUGUUGAAGUUGAACCCAGCUGCCGUUCACAGCCGUAGAUCCAACGGUAAGAAGGUUACCAAGAAGGCCCACAAGAAGUCUGUCACCCCAUUGAGAAAGGCUUUCAUCAAGCAAACCUUUGCUUAA